GGUCCCAGAUUGGGACGCUAUGAUUGUCGUAGUAUAUUACAGUGUGGUCAUCUUUGCCUUAAAAACUUUCGCUGCCUUUCCUUUAACUACCAAGAGUUGAGUAUUCGUAAUGGAUUUUGUGAAUUAAGUGGAGUGAGUGUUGGAUCAAGACAUGAACGCGAUAAACUGAUCAGAAAGAUGCCUGGAUUCGUUUUCGUACAGUUAGUAGGAAAAGCUCCAGUAAGUGAUCGGUUCACUUUGAUUCAAUAAUGCUACUUUUUAGAGAAGAAAGAAAUUGUUGAUGAUUCGUACUGGGGAACCUUUGGUUGUCUUCGUACAAUUAGUUGGAAGAGUUCUAGUAAUUCGUUUAUACUUAGCACCUCCAUCCGGUAAUACUAUCUUCUAGAAAAAAACAGGAUUUGUUCUUGGUAUGUACAGGGAACCUUUAGUUCUGCUUCCUGUUUUAUUCGUUACCUUUUUAACAAUAAGAUUAUAGGAAAUCUUUCACUAACAGAUGUUUGCAAUUGGAAGCUAAAUCUUUUUUAUUUUUAUUUACUUUGUUUUUGCAUAUCUGUGUGAUGCUGCCUUGUGCUUGAAAAUCGUGCAAAGUGAAUGAAGGAAUAUAUAUUUUUUAAUCUAUGUCUUCUGAAAUAAUUAUUUUAUUUUUAUUUAUUUUUUAUUUUUUUCGUGAUUAUCAAUUGAAAUUGAAAGCAAACACGCACUAUGAAAAACAGGAACACAGUUCAUUACAACAGAUCUAUACAUUUAAUAAGUCGGACUACUAGACUGAUGUAUUAAGUAAAGAAAUAAGCAGCUGACAAGACGGCUGCUAAUAUCAUGCAGCACAAGGAGCGAAUUUCAUCUUUCCAUCACUGGCGGCGAAUUUUACCAGAAAAAAAAACAUAAGUUUCAAUCGGAACUUCUAACAGUACUUUUUCCAUCACGUCAAAAUUUUUAACCGGCACUUUUUUGUUGUUGUUAUUGUUGUUUUUUGGUUUUUCUUUCUCUCGAUGCUCUGCUAGGGUCUGAAAAGUGAUGUUCACUCAGCAGUUCUCUUCUGGAAAAUAAUCGUCAAUCACAAAACUCAUUUGGCACAGUUUUAAUUACAAGAGAUCCCUCUUUACGAACAUUUGCUCAAUAGGCCCUUUGCUGCUAGUCAUUCACGUGGUACAGAACCGCUAUGUUGGUUGCUGCGUUUUUUUAAGGUCUGUAUCGAUCACCCAUUUGAUAACCUUGUUUCUGGAAAAGGAAAUUAUUGUUUUGGAAAAAUUAGUCUGGAAAAAGUCUUGAAUUUUGGAUCCAACAAGUCUGUAUGAACCCUGUUUGAAUAGCUACUGGCCAUUUGAGUGUAAGGGCUCUAUGUAUGUUUUUACCGUUUGUUAUUUCUCAUUUCAGCCUCGGAGUUGCCUUGAUUACCUGCGUACUGGUAGACGUUAUUCGGGAUUUUUCAAUAUUUUCGACGAAAAAGGAACUUCCAUGGUAGUGUAUUGUGAUUUUACCUCUGAGCCCAAAGCUGCAUGGACGCUCAUCAUGUCAGAAAGGACACCAGGAUUUGAUUUAUUCAAAGGAGUGCCUCUUUUUAAAGAUAAACCUGUAAAUGAGUCUAUUCCGAAGUGGGAUGCGUACAGGCUGUCACUUUUUAAGAUGAAGCAGCUGCGGUCGCUUUCAUCUCACUGGAGAAUAACUUGCAGCUUUCAGUUAGAUGGAUUGGUCUAUCGAGAUUAUGUCCGUGGCAAGUUCGCAGACUUUGAUAUCAUUGAUUUUAAAGGAUCUGGCACCUGCAUGAGUGUUGAGUACGUUAACGUUCGAGGCUACAGCUGUAACAACUGUCAAAUGGCUUGGUGGCAAUAUGAGAAUGAAAUCUUGCAUCACGACAGUUCAACCCCGCGAUGUGGCUAUGAUGCGUCCAAAGGAGCUGUAGCGACCGAAGAUAACUUCGGUUUUUACACUAGUUUCAAUCCUUCUUUCCGAUGUACUGAGUCGGGGCGAGAAUCCACGACGAAUCACUGGUUUGGUUCACACUUGAAUACACAUUAA